AUGACUACAAACAGAAAUACAGAGUGAGAUUGAUAUUUUUGGGAAAAAUGAUUCCGAAAAUUGCCUUUCAGAACAAAAUCAAAUUCAAGACCACUCAUGGAACCGUCAUCGUCUGCCUGCUCGGAAGCGUAUGCUUUUUUGAUUUUUAAGCCGAAAUUUUUGUGUCAAUGCUCACGAUUCGACGAAAAUUUGAGCAAAAACGCAGCGAGUAAUUGGCAAUUUUAGAUAAUCUUCGAAAAUUAAUGGGGUUAUUCAGGCUGUGAAAAAAAUGAUUGUUUUCCGUUUUUUUACGUCAAAAAAUCCAAUUCAGCGAUGUAAAAAACGAAAAAAACAUAAAACAAACAUACGCUGAAUAGCCCCGUAAAGCGGAAAAUUUAUGAAAAAUCAUAGAAAACUGUUCAGAGAAACAAAUCCGCGACACCGAAAAGCCAACAAGAUAAUCGAAAAAUUUAUGGAGAAGAAGAUGGGAGGCGCGCCGCCGGAAACGCACGCGGACCUCCGCAAACAGUCCGUCUUCAAUUUUUACGAACAGCCGCGCAAAAAAGAGCACAAACACGGAUGCUUCAAGCGAUUCGUGAAAAAAGCGAAAAGUGCGUGGACGUAAAAAUUGAACAGCAAUAAUUUUGGCCAUUUUACCAAUUUUCUGCACAGAAUAUCGUACUCUGAUCGCAUCGCUCAUUCUGGCGCUUUACGUGGCCAUCGGAGCGGCGGUGUUCAUGUGGGUGGAGAGCACAUCACACGAAAAUGUGCGUUUUAUCAUCAGUGGAGCGCAUUUGCUCAGCGACUAUUUAUUCAAACCAAUUUCAGGUCGAGCAAUACGGAAAAGACAUUCGGGAAAAGGCGGCGAAUCUGUACGAGAGUCUCGAUCUGGCGAUGAAUCCGAAAUGUGGACCAAUCAUUCACAACAUGCCAAUCGAAUCGAACGAGUGUUUGCUGAAACUGUACAACGAGAUGUACGCAAUUCAUGCGCCGAAACAGAACAUCAACGGAUAUAUGGAUGCGCUCGUCUACGUGCUCACAAUGAUCACCACAAUUGGUAAGGCAUCGGUUUUUACUCGCAAAUGCACAGCUUUCCCCAAUUUUACUGCAAAAAACAGCGUUUAUCGAUUUUAUCGCCAAAAACACCGAAAAUCAUAGCAAAAAAGGUGCAAAAAUACUUCUUUUCAGGCUACGGGCACCUGAUUUGCUACACGAUGACCGGAAAACUGGUCACAAUAUUUUACGGAAUAAUCGGAAUCGCCCUGGUCCUUUAUGUGCUCCGAAAUAACGGAAAACUGGCGUUGAGAUGCUGCAAUUGGAUGCUGAAAUUAUCGACGUUUUGUUUUCAACUUUGGUACACUUUUUUGAAUUUUUGCGAGAAUUGAGAGAAAAGUGAAACUGUAAUUUUGUCUUUUCAGCACUACGCGUCCGUGCAAAAUGACGGUGUUCAAGGCGGCCAUCCUUUUGAUCGUUUUCUGGACGAUCGGCGGUCUCGGCAUUGCCGCCUUUGAGAAUUUCGUCUUUUUCGACGCCAUCUACUUUUCGUUUGUCACUUUUUCGACAAUCGGAUUCGGGGAUUUUGUGCCGAACAGCAACGCCUCUGUCGCCAUCAUUUUCACGUUGCACUUUAUCGAUUUGUCGCUUCUCUCGAUGGUAUUCGCGCUGGUUCAUGUGAGUUUUCAAAAGAGGCGAUGUUUGGUACGUAGAAACUUGCAGGAGUCGAUGGAGAGCAAUUUCAUGGAAGUGCUCGAGCUGCUCGACGAAGGAUAUCGGCGACAUACGACUAUGAUGAACACGGCCACUAUGAAUCUGAAUCUUCCGUCGCCGGCGCAAUCGAACGUGAAUUUGAAAACGGCGAGGGAAAAGUCGAAGGAACGAUGA